CCGGGAGGGCGCGCGGGCCAUGGCGGGCAUCAUCAAGAAGCAGAUCCUCAAGCACCUCUCCAGGUUCACCAAAAACCUGUCACCUGACAAGAUCAAUCUUAGUACACUAAAGGGAGAAGGUCAGUUGACCAAUUUAGAAUUGGAUGAAGAAGUGCUUCAGAACAUGCUGGAUCUUCCGACAUGGCUUGCUAUAAACAAGGUCUUUUGCAAUAAAGCAUCUCUUAGGAUACCAUGGACAAAACUGAAAACUCAGCCCAUUUCUCUGUCCCUGGAUAAAGUAGUAAUGGAAAUGAGUACUUGUGAAGAACCACGUGCCCCUAAUGGACCAUCGCCUAUAGCAACUGCAUCAGGACAGAGUGAAUAUGGUUUUGCUGAAAAGGUGGUAGAAGGAAUUUCUGUUUCUGUGAAUUCCAUCAUAAUCCGCAUUGGGGCAAAAGCUUUUAAUGCCUCCUUUGAACUUUCCCAGUUGAGAAUAUAUAGUGUAAACGCAAACUGGGAACAUGGUGAUCUAAGAUUUACUCGGAUACAAGAAUCUCAGCGAGGAGAGGUACUGACUUUUAAAGAAAUCAAUUGGCAGAUGAUCAGAAUAGAAGCAGAUGCAAUCCAGAGUUCUCAGCAUGAAAACAUGUGUGCUCCUGUUCGAUUGAUUACCAAUCAGUCAAAAAUCAGAGUCACACUUAAAAGAAGGUUGAAGGAUUGCAAUGUAGUGGCAACAAAACUGGUUCUGAUACUGGAUGAUUUGCUUUGGGUUUUGACUGAUUCACAGUUGAAAGCAAUGGUACAGUAUGCCAAAUCUCUUAGUGAAGCAAUAGAGAAAUCCACUGAACAAAGAAAAAGCUUGGCUUCUGAACCCACACAGAGUUCUGCCCCUGCACCCAGCUCUCAGCAAGUGAAAACACACCAGACGUCAGCAACACCUGAUCAAAAUGAUGCAAUUGUAAAAUUGUUCAAUGAUUUUGAUGUUAAGGAAACUUCGCAUCAUUUAGUAAUUUCCCAUUUGGAUCUGCAUAUAUGUGAUGAUAUUCAAUCUAAAGAAAGAGACUCAAACAGGCGUAUUACAGGAGGUGCGAUGCAGCUUUCCUUUAGUCAGUUAACUGUGGACUACUAUCCUUUUCACAAAGCAGGAGACAAUUGUAGUCACUGGAUGCAUUAUAAUGAUGCCACCAAAACCAGAAGUGGAUGGGCCCAAGAAUUAUUACGUGAGUUUGAAAGCAACGUUGACUUACUUAAACAGGCCGUGAAGGAUCAUAACAUAGAUUCUCCUACUAAAUCUCCACCUCACAUUUCUCCUCAAAAUAUACAAGCAGGCAAAGAACAGAUGCCUAAAGGAACUAGGACUUCUUCUGUAUCUCCCCAGCAACCAAAGGGUAAACUGGUGUCUAGUCCUCUUGUGGUUAGACUUGCAGAUUUCAAUAUAUACCAGGUCUCUACAGCAGACCAAUGUCGUUCUUCCCCUAAAACACUAAUCUCUUGCAAUAAAAAGUCACUUUAUCUUCCACCAGAGAUGUCAGCUAUUCAUAUUGAAUUCACUGAAUAUUACUACCCUGAUGAAAAGGAUUAUCCUAUUCCAGCUCCAAACUUGUAUGUCCAGCUGAAUGCUCUGCAAUUCACUCUGGAUGAGAGAAGCAUUCUUUGGCUAAAUCAGUUCGUGUUGGAUUUGAAACAGAGUCUUACACAGUUCAUGACCAUGUAUAAAUUAAAUGACAACUCAAAAUCUGACGAGCAUGUUGAUGUUAGAAUUGAUGGACUAAUGUUAAAGUUCAUCAUUCCAUCUGAAAAGAAACCUGAAAUCCAUAAGGAUCAGCCACGUGCAAUAUCUAUUCAGAGUUCUGAGAUGAUUGCUACAAACACAAGACACUCUCCAAACUGUAGACACUCUGACCUGGAAGCCUUGUUCCAAAACUUUAAAGAUUGUGAAUUUUUCAGUAGAACUUUCACCAAAUUUCCCAAAUCCAAUAAUUUUAAUCUUCUGCAUCCAAUCUUCCAGAGACAUGCUCAUGAACAAGACACUAAGAUGCAUGAUGUUUAUAAGGGGUAUGUCACCCCAAAGCUGAAUAAAUAUGCACUAAAAACAUCUGCAGCUACUGAUGUCUGGGCUGUGCAUUUUUCCCAGUUUUGGAUAGAUUACGAAGGAAUGAAAAGUGGGAAAGGCCGACCAAUAAGCUUUGUAGACUCAUUUCCACUCUCACUUUGGAUUUGCCAGCCAGUAAGAUUUGCACAGUCACAAAAGGAACUGUUUUCUUAUAAUCAGACAUCUUUUAACAUUCCAAAAAGUGACUCAAGUGACCUCACUAAUAGACUACAGCGCAAAAAACUUUUACAGGAAUAUUAUAGGAGUGAGACAGAGCCCUUGACAAAUGGCAUUCAAAAACUUUGUUUUUCAGACAGCAGUUCAGGGGCUCUGUCUGCAGGUUCUUCGGAUGCAGAUAUUCAUGUCCUUGUUCAUAUUGAAAAGCACGUGAGCAUGCAAAUCAAUCACUAUCAAUAUCUUUUCUUGCUGUUUCUCCAUGCCUCUCUUGUAAUGCUUCUAGAAAACCUAAGGAAAGACGUAGAACAGGUGACAGGCAAACCUGCAAAGCAAACAGAUGUUUGUAUCGGGAUCUUACUUAAAAGUGCAGACAUAGCUCUUUUAUUGCACCCAAUAACUCAGGCAAAUCCCUGCAAGUCUCCAGUUUUGGAAGAAGAAAGUCCUGUGGCAUCAGACCUUUCCCCUUUGAAAAAUGGAGAAGCUUUUGCAUCAGAGAGCAAAUUAACUGAUACAACACAGACUGGUAGUGUUGAUGUUAAUGCUGUAACUGAGGUUAACAGAACAAAUUUGUCUGUUCUGUCUCAAUCAAGUAGUGACAUAGAUUUUCACAAGAGAAUUUCAUUUUCGGAUGAUUCUUCAGACAAAUGCUUGGGGAAAACCAGCGAAGAAGAAAGUGGACUCUUCAGCAGAAGCGAUUCAGAAGAAAUAUGUGGACCAUUAGGUGACAAAAGUAGCUUGUACUAUAGAGAUUCAGUGAAUGUUUUAAACAGUGAAGAAGAAUCUACUGAGUUUUUCACUGAUAAAGAUGACGACAAAAAUAUUCUUUCUAAUAAAUUAAAUGACCAGGAAAGUGGUACUGGAGCUGAUUUAGAAUCAGAAACUACCUCACAGUCCGAAGAAUAUGAAAUUAAUAAAGAGACAAUGUCCAUGGUUAAAACAAUUGUAUCCCAGUCCGUGUUAAGUGGAAAGCCUAAGGAACGCUGCCCGUCCAACCUUCCUGCAUUCUCUGUUUCUUAUAAGAACAUGAAGAGAAGUCCAUCACAAGUCUCUCUGGAUACCAUUUCUAUUGAUAGCAUGAUGUUAGAAGAACAUUUGCUAGAGAGUGAUGGAAGUGAUAGCCAAAGUUUUCUCGAGAAAGAAGCUAUUGCAGUUAUGAAUUACCAAAGCCCCCCAGAAAAUGUCCAUGAAGAAGGACCAGGGAUUGAGAAUUGUGGUGGAUCAUCUCCAGAUGCCAUCAGUGCAGCUUCAGAAAGUGCUCAAGAGACUAAUGAAGAAAUGAUGUCCGUUGUAGUUUUUAAAAUGUUUGACAUUAAUGGUGAAAUUGACAUCAGAGGUGAAGACACACAAGUCUGCCUUCAGGUGAACCAGGUGAUGCCAAACCAGUUGGGCAAUAUCAGUGUGCGACAUUAUCUUUGCAACAGAACCAUAGGUUCUGAUCAUAAAUCUGUGGCUGGACCAAUUAAAUCAUCACCUGAAAUCAGUUUGAGAUGGGAAACUGGUCCUAGUGCUGGAAUACACUCUCUGCUGGCUGUAAAAAAUGGUUUUCUGCAGUGUCACGUAGAGAAUUUUAGUGCUGACUUCCUAAUAUCUUCCCUCACAAACAUUCAGCAUUUUCUAGAAGAUGAAACUGUUGCAGCCGUAAUGCCUAUGAAAAUAAGAGUUUCUAAUACAACAAUUAAUUUAAAAGAUGACAGCCCACGUGAUAAUCUCACCGCUCCUGAACCAGUCCCUAUAACAUUACAUAUUGACCUACUGCUAGAGAGGAAUGAUGAUGGCUCUUUUUGCAUUAGAGAUAAUCAAACAAUAAAUGAUGCAUCAGUGUAUAAGGAGUCGAGCAAGACGAUGCAGCCAGUUGGUAGAGUUUCCAAACACAAAACAAAGGAUCAAGCCACACAGGCAUCUCCAGAAAUUCCCGUACUUUCCAAAUCAAGUAGGAUUUCAACUGACCUCCACAAACAAGAGCUUAUUGAAGAAAACGAGUAUCUUAAACAAGAACUAUCCAAAGCUAAAAUGGCUUUAGCUGAACUGCAUAUGGAAAAAGAUAACCUGCUUCAUCGAAUAAAGAGGAUGACUCUUGAACAUUAACAGUAAUGGAUAAUAAUACUUGAUUGUUGUAGGAAGGGUUGCACUUAAUACUGUUUGUGAAUUAGUAGAGGACUGUUUCUUGUCACAAGCAUAGAACAUGUUUGGAAUAAUUACUAUUCUGAAAACUUGCAAAAGACUUAGAAUAAGACAUUACGAUUGUUUUCUUCUCUAGCCCUCCUGAAACUGCAGUGAAACAGGAAAAUCAGUUUAUAUUGUAUUUUACUAAUUUACCUAACAAUAAGGACAUGAUACUUUAAUUUGAAUAAUAUCAAAGGAAAUGUUUGUAGAACACUUCUGAAAAUGCACUUGUUCCAAUAGCAAAGGAAGGUGCCUUUGUGACUGACUAAGUAAAAUAUACCAUGCAUCAUUGAUACUGUGUUGUUAUUGGUUAAGAUUUAAAUGCAUCAAAAAGUAUCUUUUAAAAGAGAUUACAUUUGCACUAUCAUUUGUGGCUAGAUCCUCUGGUGCAAUGUAGCUAUGGUAUUAUAACCAGCCCUAAGUGGAAGGCCAAGGUCUCACACUUUUUAAAGAGUAAUCUGGCAGUGGAAAUUGGUUCAUAUAUUGUUCCUUUCCACUGCUGGUGUAUCAAAGUAAAAGAACAGGAUCUCAUGAAAAGGGAUGUAGAUUUGGAUGUCCCUGCAUAUACCUUUACUCUGCUACAGUGCGGCUUUUGUGGCCAGUGUAAUUUAAAGUAUCCCUUAGACUGUUGUACCAUGUGCAGAGGACUGGCCCUGUAUAAAGGAAGCAACAGAACUGGGGGUGAGGGAGGAGGAGCAGGGGGAGGCGUAUGCAAAGGUGAGUUGCUGUUGACCUGCAUGGCUUAUCAGUCACACCCAAGGAUCUGGCCCAAUGUAUUUAACUCUAAUUGUUCAAUUAUUGUAACAUAAAA